CCAGUCUGCGAUUUCAAAAGCUUGGAUUGAUCAUAUAUUGGAGUAAUCUGUAGCCAUACAUAGCUAGCGGUUAGUGUUGAGAUAGGUUAGGUUAGCACUAAUGCAUCGUAGCGUCACCUCACAUCAGCCCCUGGCAGUGGCUUGGUCAGCGGAGGCUUGUUUUGCUGUCACUGCUCAGGCCAGUAAUGAUGGCCUCUGGGUACCGGGUGCAAAGUAGUUUUGGCUAUUUUUAAAAGGCCAACUUAAACGUUGACGUAGCGGUUUCACUGAGCAUUACAAGAGCAUUUCAGUCUAGCGAGGUUAUACAGUCAGCGUUAGCUAAUGUUUAAUAUUAAUUGUAACAGGAUAGCUAGCUGUCCAAAUAAUAUGCUAGAAGAGUGACCUCAGAUUAAAGGCACAAUAAAGAUAGAUAACAAUAGAUAGCUAACGUUAUUUGAUUGUUCACAAGAAAAGGUUAGCUAUUUGGCUAGCUCCGCAGCUGUCGUCAGCGGUCAUUCCAUAUGUAGCUUAGCUAAACUUAAAUCCUACAAGGAUCACGUCCGUUUACCUACUAACGAUUUGCUAUAGCACGUACAAUUCAUGCUAAAAUGAUACUUCCAACCUUAACAAUAGUUAACACAGGAACCUCCAUGUUGUAUAAGACCCGUAUGCAAGCCACAGAGGAGCCAUUUACUGUGAAGCAACAACAGCCGGAGAAGAGCUGCUCAGCCACGUUUAUUUUUUUAGGCAAAAUUGUCCUCCUCGUUUUCUUUGUACCACCUUUCCUCAACUAUGCUUCACUCCAACGAGAAGGACAAGAGCUCAGACCCAAAGGUGCACAAAUGGUAGAUAUAGGUCUUGGCCAGAAGAUCAGCCUAAUUUGCAAAGGACAAGGACAACCAGUUGUGAUUCUCGACGCACCAACGGGGAUGUCCUCCGACAUUUGGCAUCACGUGCAGGAGAGUGUGUCGCAAGCAACCAAGGUGUGUGCCUAUGACAGAGCUGGACUGGGCUUCAGCAGGCGAGCCAUGCAGAACGAGACCACAGGAAUGGAGAAGGUGUGGCAGCAGUCAACAUCCGGAAGGAUGGUGGACGACCUUCACCGGUUGGUCAAGGCUGCCGAGAUCGCCACGCCCUUCAUCCUGGUUGGCUCGGAGCUGGGCGCGCUCAACGGCCUGUUCUACAGCCACGUCCGUGACGUGCAAGUGUCGGACCUGGUGCUGAUCGAUCCGAUUCCGGAGGACAUCUUUGAAGAUGAGUCGUGGCAGCAGUACUGGUCGGCCCACCUGGUUCCCUCCCUGCAGGCGAUGCAGCUCUCUGCUGCGGCGGGCGCGAGCCGCCUACUCCUCAUCCUCGGCCUCCUGCGACCGCCGCUCGACGGAGACGCCGUCCCGGAGGAUGUGCUCCAACGGCAGAAAUACCUCCUGAGUAACCCGGCCCACCAGAGCGGCGCUGUGGACGAGCACUUCUUCCUCAAUGAGAGUCUGGCUCAAGUCAGGGAGAUCUCCAAAUUCAAGCCACUUUCUACCCAAAUCUCCCUGAGCGUCAUCACCGGAGACUGUUUCGACGAGCACCUCCCUACGCACCUCAACCAAGUUUUUGCUGAACGUCAGAGCAGGGCUCUGGCGCGCAUCUACCCCCAGGCCUCGCGCAUUCACAUUCCAGGGGCGGACCGGCGCGUGGUCUAUAAAAAGCCGUCAUCUGUGAGCAAACAUUUGCUGGAGCUGGUGUCAAAAAGACAGACUAAACAGCUCAGGCAAUGAGGCGCCUCUCAAACAUGCCUGACUUCCUAACAGCAGCCUGAGGGGGGGAAUAGUCACUGGCAUUCACAGCUCUGCUGCGUCAUCAGAAUCUGUUUUGCAGGCUUUUAUUUUAUUUUUUUUAUGUAAAUAAACGACAUAGAAUGUGAAACCUCAACAAAAUGUAACUUGUCAAGUUUUGAUGCUUCACUAUAAAUGUAAAUAAAAAGUUUUCUGAA